CGCAGGUAGGCCCAGGAAAACGAAACUUCGGGAAGCAGAAGUGAGGUAUAGCCUUAGGAUAAGUUGCGUUUAAACCUGUAUCACUUGAGCAGCUGUUAUACAAACGAUGGCGUAUCGCAACCAGCAACCGUUUUUUAACCCGACUGUCCCCUUCACCGGUUCUAUUCAAGGUGGACUUCAAGAUGGGAAAACGAUCACCAUUACCGGAAAAGUUAAACUAAAUGCGAAGAGGUUCCAUGUGAACUUGCAGUGCGGGUCGAGGGCCGGAGCGGACGUAGCGCUUCACUUCAACCCGAGGUUUGAUAAUUAUCCCGGAUACGUGGUCCUGAACACCUGCAGGAGCUCAGCGUGGGGCGCAGAGGAGCGAAAGUACGAGGCUCCUUUCCCUCGGGGCUCCACGUUCACACUGACUAUCAUGGUCAGUCCUGACAAAUACAAGUUAAUAGCCAAUGGGAACCACUUCAUGGAAUUUAAUCACCGUAUCCCCUUCAGUCAAAUGGACACCAUCGCAGUGGAUGGUGGAGUUGAGCUGGCCUCCAUCAGCUUCCAAAAUCCCAUGGUGAGCCAACAGGCUCCAUAUAUGCCACCACAGCAAGCAUUUCCUUCUUACUGUCCUCCUCCACAAGCUUUUCCUUCACAGUAUGGUGCAUUUCCGGCCAUGCCUAGAUAUUCUCCCUCCUUUGUCAUUCCGUACAAGGCCACCAUUCGAGGUGGACUUCGUGCGGGGAGGAACAUCACCAUCCAGGGCGUGGUCCAUCCGGACGCUAAAAGGUUCCACGUCAACCUGAGCUAUGUGUCAGGGAUCGCCUUGCAGUUGAACCCCCGCUUUGAUGAGAAUACAGUGGUGUGCAAUAACCAGGAACAAGGCAGAUGGGGCACGGAGGAACGUUCCGGAGGCAUGCCCUUCAGCCGAGGCCAGAUGUUCACGAUGAUUGUCAUUUGUGAAAGUCAUUUGUACAGGAUUAUCGUCAAUGGCGUACAGGCAUUCACCUUCAACCACCGCCACCGGAACUUACGGCAGAUCAGUAUCUUGGAAGUGGAUGGAAAUCUGACCUUGACCUCAGUAACGUUCUGAAGAAGGCAGGCGGUUUAUCAGAUUAUAUGAUAAAACAAAUGAAAAAACAAUCUAAUAUAUUCCUACUUCUGCCAACUUUACCUGUAUGUGUCCAUGAAUAAAUUGAUGUUGAAAUUAUA